CUCACAUCAACCAAAGUUUCUGCACCACGUAUUGCCUGUCUCAGUAUACAACUGCACCUCCUCUUGCAUAGAUCGUCAUACGUUAAUUACUGAGCUACAACAAUGGCGAACCCAAACAGAGAAAUCCGGAUUGCCGUCAUGGGCGCUACUGGUAGUGGUAAAUCCACGUUUAUCAACAAGGCUAGCGGGUCAAACCUUCCCGUUGGUCGCGGCCUCGAGAGUUGUACUAGUGAAGUACGAACUUCACGGCCGUUUGUCGUUAGCGGGCGUGUUGUGACCUUGAUCGAUACGCCCGGCUUUGAUGAUACGACCCGAAGUGAUACGGACAUUUUAACCAUGAUCGCCGCAUAUCUCUCUCAGACCUAUGAGCAUGGCACCAGGCUAGCUGGCGUCAUCUACAUGCACCGCAUCUCUGACUUCAGGAUGGGUGGCACGUCCAAACGCAACUUCAAGAUCUUCCGCGAGCUUUGCGGAGAGAGCUCACUCAAAAACGUUAUUAUCGUGACCAACAUGUGGUCAGAAGUGAGACGUGAGGUUGGCGAGGCUAGAGAGGCCGAGCUUGCGAGUAAGGACAAAUUUUUCAAGCCCGUGCUUGAGAAGGGCGCUCGGAUGCUCCGUCACGAUGGCACCCUCGAGAGAAUAGUUAACGAGCAUAAGCCUAUCGAGAAGACCGCUGCGGGCGCUGAGAUCAGGCGCGCCCUCGACGAGCAAGCGGAUCACCACAAAGAAGAGAUCCGUAGUCUCAGAGCAGAGAUGGAAGCUGCUAUGCGCGCCAAAGACGAGGAGACUCGGGCCGAGCUUCAGGAAGAGCUCGAGAAGAAGCAGGAGGAAUGCUUGCGCAUCGAGCAAAACUCUCAGCGCAUGGCUGCCGAGUUCGCUGCCGAGCGCGCACGCCUAGAGGCUCUAAUUCUGAAAAUGGAAGCCGAGCAGCAGAAGCAACUCGAGACGCUGGAGGGCCUUCAAGGCGAGGUCGCCAAAGUCCUGACUGAAAAAGAGCAGCAGGAAGCUCUGCAUGCUCAGAGGAAGAGGGAAAUUCUGGCUGCCAAGCAGGCGGAGGAGAAACGGCACGCUCGCGAGAUAGAAGAAGAACGCAAAGAAAGAGUGCUGGCGGAAGAAAGUCACCAGAAGCACCUCCAAAGUCUUCUGGACGACAUGGAGAAGACACGCACCGCAAAAGAGAUUGCCGAUAUUGCUCAUGCCGAAGAAGUCAAGCGAGAACGGGACAGACUGGCAGCACUAGAAGCUGAGCAGCAGCGGCAGAAGUCUGCCAUAGAAGCCGCAGAAAGGGAACGUGCUCUGGAGGAAGCGGAACGGAUACGUUUGCAAGAAGAAUUUGCGCAGAAAGAGAAAGAAUUGGAGGAAGUCAAGACAUCUCAUGCGGAAAAAGAGGCCGAGAGUGUCGCAGCGAAGCAGGCGGUCGAAAAUGCCCGAAUUCAUCUCCUUGAACAUCAAGAGCUAGCACGACAACGCGAAGAAAAGCUUGCUCAAUUGCAACGGGAGAUGGAAGAGGCGCACAUUGCCCGAGAGCGCGAAGCUGCGUUGGCUAGGCAGGCGGAAGAAGAUGCACGCGUACGACUGCUUGCCGAGAAACAUGAAGCCAAACUUCGGGAGGAAGAAGCUCACAGGAAACAGCUCGAAGAUGAGUUCCUGUGUGCUCGGCGAGAGAUGGAGGAGGCUGCCAAAGCCGAAGAGACACGCAAACAGGAAGAGGCCGCCGCCGCCGCCAAGAAAGUUGAAGAAGAAACUCAGUCGCGUCUCAUAGAGCUACAAAAAUUGGCCAAGCAUCGCGAGGAGGAACAACGGAAGGCAGCGGAGCAAGAAGUCGCACGAGCACGCAAAGAACUGGAGGAGGCUCAUGCAAAGUUGGAACGCGAAGCCGCUGCUGCUAAGAAGGCGCAAGAAUUAGAGCGUGUCAGACUUCUUGAAGAACAGAAGAAACGAGAAGAGGAGCACCGAAGGCAGGCGGAGGAAGAACUUGCUCGACUGAGACAGUUGGUUACAGAAUCGGAGGAGCAGAGCGCAAUUUUGGCAGAACAAGCCCGUCAAAAAGAAGUAACAGAAAAGAAGAAGAGUCAGCAGCUCGAGGAAGAACUGGCGAAAGCGCGCGAGCGGGCUCAGGAAGCGAAGCUAGACUACGAACGAAGAUUGACUGACAUCGAGGAACAAAGUUCGCUCGAACGUAGCUUGCCCCUGCCAGGCGUUCUGUUGCCGAAUCUACCAUUUGUGGUAUGGAAGGCAGCCAUGACGUGGUGGGGAACGACGAAGAUGAGGAAGUGAGCCUCGAUUAUGUAGCCCUGCGUUCCGCGAGAAUUGACCAGCGUUAGUCCUUAACCUAUUGAACCGAUCAUCAUGCACGACAGAGUACUAGAUUAUUCCCUUACCUCGUUACAGUACUUAUUUACCUUGUAGUACUGGAAUGAAUGAUCUGCAGACGACCAACCUCAGCGCACACUGCGCUGUGGCAUGUGACACGUGUUGCCACUGUGUUGAACCAAGUUGUUCAUGAUUGCCAGGGGUCCAGGCAAUCAGGACCCGGCGGGUAAACGAUUGUUUCGGGGAGAACACAUCGACAUCGGCUCUCGACGCCGGCUCGUAGUCCGCGGGCUGCCAGUCAGCUGGUGCGUGAAGCUUUCACUGCCAAGAGUCCGUGUCCGUGUCGAGGCUUCGACAAGCUCGAUCCGCCGGACGAAGACUCUUUCUUGAUCAUGGUA